GCCCUCCAUAGGCCUAAACAAUACUACUAUUCUUCACUAGCUUUCAUUUCCAAUUUUUCCGGUAGAAAAAUGACGGUAUCGGCUGACGGUCGGUUAUCGCUCUCAGCCACCGGUCAGCUCGGUAGCACGUUGGCAAUGACCGCGAGGAGAUGUCGGCUUGCCAACAGAGAGUUUAUGGGGAUGAAGGUUAACAUGACCCCAAAGUACCAAAGAGCUUGUACUAAGAAUGUGAAGCAAACUAUUAGCAUGUCACUUGCUGUUAAUAUUGCAGGGGAGUCCAAGCUAAGGGACCUAGAGAUGGAAAAGAGGGACCCAAGGACAGUUGUGGCGGUUAUUCUCGGCGGCGGAGCUGGUACUCGCCUUUUUCCGCUCACUAAGCGGCGCGCAAAGCCCGCGGUUCCGAUUGGUGGUGCAUACAGGCUGAUCGAUGUGCCGAUGAGCAACUGCAUUAACAGUGGGAUCAACAAAGUGUACAUUCUCACCCAGUUUAACUCGGCUUCACUUAACAGACAUAUCUCCCGUGCUUACAACUUCGGCAACGGGUUUAACUUCGGAGAUGGCUACGUCGAGAUACUUGCAGCCACACAAACCCCGGGAGAGGCUGGGAAGAGAUGGUUCCAAGGGACCGCAGACGCCGUCCGACAAUUCCACUGGCUAUUCGAGAAUGCAAGAAGUAAAGAGAUUGAAGAUGUGCUGAUUCUAUCGGGGGAUCACUUAUAUAGAAUGGAUUACAUGGAUUUCGUUCAGAACCAUAGGCAGAGUGGUGCAGACAUCACCAUUUCUGCCCUUCCGAUAGACGAUAGCCGUGCCUCAGAUUUCGGCCUAAUGAAGAUAGACAACAAAGGAAGGAUUCUUUCUUUCAGUGAAAAGCCCAAGGGACAAGAAUUGAAAGCAAUGGCAGUAGACACAACAGUUCUAGGACUUUCGAAAGACGAGGCCGAGAAGAAACCAUAUAUUGCCUCCAUGGGAGUGUAUGUCUUCAAGAAGGAGAUACUUUUGAACCUUUUGAGGUGGCGUUUUCCAACUGCAAAUGACUUCGGAUCAGAAAUAAUCCCUGCCUCAGCUAAAGAGUUCUUCAUAAAGGCUUAUCUCUUCAAUGAUUAUUGGGAAGAUAUAGGAACUAUCAGAUCCUUCUUUGAAGCAAACCUUGCCCUCACUGAGCAUCCACCAAGGUUUAGUUUCUACGAUGCAGCGAAACCGAUAUUCACAUCGAGGAGAAACCUUCCACCAUCGAAGAUCGACAAUUGCAAGGUUGUUGAUUCCAUCAUAUCCCAUGGGAGUUUCUUGAAUAAUUGCUUCAUAGAACACAGCGUCGUCGGCAUCAGAUCCCGAAUAAACAGCAAUGUUCACCUAAAGGAUACAGUGAUGCUUGGGGCCGAUUUUUAUGAGACUGAUGCAGAAGUGGCAGGUCUUCUAGCCGAGGAAGGGGUCCCCAUUGGCAUAGGAGAAAACACUAAAAUCAAAGAUUGUAUCAUCGACAAAAAUGCCAGAAUAGGGAAGAAUGUGGUUAUUGCCAACUCCGAGGGUGUACAAGAGGCGGAUAGAUCCUCAGAAGGAUUCUAUAUACGAUCUGGAAUCACUGUCAUAUUGAAAAACUCGGUGAUUAAAGAUGGUUUUGUUAUAUAAAUGAAAAAUCUUUAUCAUCCAUUUUUGUUGGUUAGGAUGGAUCAAGAAAAAUAAUAAAAAAAAGUAUGAAAUGAAUCUGUGUUAGUCAAAAGUUUUAGUAUU